UCAUAACUUCACUGCUUGCAGCGCUGCUUCACUGUAUUCUUCAUCAUGUCCUGGACUCAUCUGGUCUUUCUCUCUCUGCUCGCCACCCUCCUCAUCCUCACACUCUUCACCGGGGUGGAGAGUGCAUCGGUGAGAGAUGGAAAAGAUGGAAGAGAUGGAAAAGCUGCAGAGCCCAAAGGGUCAGCGCGGCGAGUCUUCAUGCCCGAAGCGGACGCAACAAACUUCUUCAAAAAGCGCAGUCGGCGCUCGGCCAAACAUGAGGCGGAGGUCCUCGCUGAGCAGAGGGUGAGGCUGUCGGCUGAUGAGAGGAGGAGGGAGUACUAUGACGAACAGAGGAAUGAGUUUGAGAACUAUGUGGAAGAGGAGCGUGAUGAGCAGGAUGAGAGGACACGGGAGAAGACAGAGCAGUGGCGUGAGUUCAACUAUGAUGGACUCUACCCCCGUUAUCCCCGCGGUUGGUGAGCAUGCUCCAUAGGCCAAGGGGAUCAGAACGUAGUGCACCAGCCUGUGAUUGGUAGGACCCUGUGUCACUUAAGACACCUAGCCUAUCAGACGGACUUUACAAGACCAUGGGAAAUGGCCAAACCAUCACUCACCUAGGAGUAAAAAGGUUUACGUACAAAACUAUUACACUCAAUCAUUUAAAAUGGUAAUAUUAUGUAGAUAAAAUGCAGUUUUGUAGCGUUUAUAUUAAAGACUUUGGGUGGGGCAGGUCAAGUUCGAAAAAGGAGGCUGUUGUGAUUGUGUAUGUAUUUCUAUACAUGCUUAUUUCAGUCUCUAUCUUUGUACAUGUAUCUGGGUGGUAUACUGUUGGGUGUGGUCUGUGUAUCUUUCACAUCUGUCUGUGUAUCAAACUGUAUUGUCCUUUCUGUAUUGUAACCAAACUGUAAUCACAUAUGAAACCUGUACUGUAAUUCAGAACCACAGAGACCAAUAAAGACAAUACUAAAAUCUAAAAUGUA